AUGACUGAUCUUGUUGAUCUCAUAAAGGGUUCUGAAAAUUCUGAUGACACUUUCAAGCGUAUGUGGCUUCUGCUUGCGGGGAAUACAGUCAUUGCCCCGAGCACCUCCAACAAAGUUAGCCCCCGUUGGUAUGCUGUGCUGCGUGACAUUAAUGGUGUUAAAAAUCUCAAUUGGUCCAAAUUUAUUGCUGAUGAGCUGCACAAGGCGCUGCUGAAACGCAAGCCUACCAGGGGUUGCCUUCUUCUCUACAAUCUAUUGUACAUUCAUGCGAUUGAUCUUUCUGGACUUGGCAUCGAACUGCCUGAUGGUCCUUUUCCCAUCAAUGUAUGGACAAAGAAGCUGAUAACUCUUGUCCUCAACAAGGAUGUUCAGGCUGACAAAGUUUCUGUUGGGAAACUACCGUUGAAGCCUGAGUUUGGCAUGAAUUUUUGUCUGUUUGGUGGUCUGGAAGGUCUUGACAAGUUUAUGCGUGUUCAUACUGCCCCAAGCUGCAGUGAAGAGAAAUUUGCCAAAUCAAUUCAGAUAGUUGCUCGAUUCACGUCCGCCAUGGCUGGCAUCCUAGGAAAUCUUGUGGAAUCAUUCACCGCUUUAGAUGAUGAGGGCCAUUCACAUGCAUCCCGUCAGCUAGACGCUAGAUUGAACGUUAUCUCCUCUGCCGCCCGUACGAUGUCAAGGACUAUGCGGUCAUCGCAAGGCAGGCGGACAGAAAGUGCUGGAAAGAAUGUGGCUGAAGAUUCUGAUAGCGAUGAAGAUUAUCACGGAGGCGAUGAUUCUGAUUCUGACGCUGACUCCGAUGAUGAUGAUGAUGACUAUCGAGUUGUUCGUCGUCGCCCUAAAGAUCCUUUUGUUGCUUCAGGCAGUGGUACCGUGGAUGUAGACAUGGGCAGCGGCCCAGCUGAUGAUGAGACCACACAUCUUGAUGGUGCAACUGUCAAAGCACAUGAUGGCACAGGACCAAAUGUUGAAGACACCCCUGUCCGCCCUGUCGGCGAUAACCUCGUUGAGUCUCAGAUCUUACUCACUGGAACAUCUCAUGCAGCAUCCGUUGAAUCAGGUGAUCGAGGGCUUAGCCAUCAAGGUCUGACAGACACGCAAGCUGAGGCGGCCACUGACUCUUCUGUCAAGCGAUGCGGUGCUGAGCAUUUGAAAAUUUUGGCUUACCAGAGGCGCAAGAAGCUGAGGCUACCAUCACCCCCCCCGUUCAGCUUCACCAACUGUGCCAUCACCCCCCCCCCCGUCCAACUUCACCAGUUGUGCCUGCCAGCCCAUCGCAAAGGCCGUCUUCACCAAUUGCACUGUCAACAUCUGAGAUUCAUGAAGCUGUGAAGAAAGUUGUGGUCCAGGAGCUUGGUAUACGCGUGGCUGAAAAGGGAACCGGUGCCUCCGU